GUACUGCAAAACCUCGGAGAGCAACGUCUCUAAUUCACAUACCAGGAUUUGUCCAAGGAAGAGAACAUAUAUCUGAACCACAAGGCCACGGGGGUAACGAAGGCCUGUCUCACUAUGAAGUUAUCUCUUGCUCUGGUCUUUGCAUUCGUUCUCCCGCUCAUUAGGGCUCAGGUGCCCCACUGGGGACCAUGUCCAGAACCGGCCGUUCAACCUGAGUUCAACCUCAAACAGUUUAUGGGGAGAUGGUUUGAAAUUGCCAAACUGCCGGCCCAGUUUGAGAAGGGCCGAUGCAUUGAAACCAAUUUCACUAUGAGGACAGACAACUCCAUCCGAGUGGUCAGCUCUGAAAUACUAAAAGGAGAGCUGAGGAAAAUUGAAGGAACUGGAGUCAUAGAGGAUAUGAAGAAUCCAGCCAAGCUGGGAAUAAGUUAUUCCUAUGUCCUGCCCUACUCCCCUUACUGGAUCCUGUCCACUGACUACGUGAACUCAGCCCUGGUGUAUUCCUGCACGGACAUCCUGAGGCUCUUCCACGUUGACUUUGCCUGGAUCCUGGGCCGAACACGAACCCUGCCGGACUCCACUGUCGAGAAAGCCAAGGAGAUCUUUGCCACCAACAACAUCGACGUGACCAGGAUGAUUGCCAGCAGGCAGCAGGGCUGUGACAAAACUCUCUGAGCAGCAAUGGAAAUGCAACACAAGAUGGCACUGUUGGUGAUAAGGAGGGAGAAGAUGAGUCCAUCUUCGACUAAUAUUUUAUGGUGAUUGUUACCACGAGGGUAGACUCAACUCUGUUGCUCAGUUUGUGUAUAUGUAGAACAGAGUUUUUCAUUCUUUUUAAGACAAUAAAAACAUUUACAAAACAAAAUAACUGCAUUCAUAUACUGUGCAUUAUAGUAAGUAGUUUAUAAAAGCAUAAAUGAAUACUAAAUCAUAGUUUACCCACCUUUUUAUUUAACACAUCAUCACUGGUUGUGAUGUUACAAUAAGUAAGAGUAAUGUUCUGCAGUGAAGCUGUUCAUUUUGUCAUCAUGAAAAAAUAUGUUAUUUCAUUUGUAAUAUAAAGUGGGAAUAAAUGGUAUUGAGUCAA